AUGCUCACCGGCCUACAGGAUGGCAUUCAAAAGCCCAAAGCUCCGUAUCCCCUUCCCCGUGCCUUAUUAACUGUUGUUGAGUAUAUUGAACAUACUUGUUUUUCACAUGCCACUAAGCAUCCUGAAUGGCGUGAUGCCAUGACUGAAGAGAUCAAUGUACUUCUCAAAAAUCAUACAUGGUCUUUGGUUCCUUCUUCUCCGUCUCAGAACUUGGUUGGUUGCAAGUGGGUUUUUCGGAUUAAGCGUCACUCUGACGACUCCAUUAAAUGCCACAAAGCUCUUCUAGUUGCCAAGGGUUUUCAUCAACGUCUGGGCAUAGACUACGCUGAAACCUUCAGUCCUGUUGUCAAGCCUGCCACCAUUCGCACUGUUCUUAGUCUUGCAGUUUCUCGUGGUUGGUCUCUUCGUCAACUUGACGUUCUUCAUAAGGAUGACACUCUGCACAUCAAUCAACUCAAAUAUUCACAUGAUCUUUUAAAGAAAGCCAAUCUUCUCAACUCCAAACCCGCAUAUACUCUAUUGGCUGCCAAGGUUCUCCUCUCUGUCUCUGAUGGUGCUCUCAUCUCCAACCCAACCGAUUAUCGCAAGCUUGUUGGCAGUUUAUAG